GAAAGGAGAGGCUCCGCAUACGUCAAAACGAGUGUGUAUAAAUUUUCAUCCUCCAAAACGUAAAGUUUUCGCAUUUUGCAAGCAUAUAAUUUUUAAUUUGCAAUGUGCAUACAUUUGUCUUAUUUCGAUCUAUUCCUUACGCGUGUGAUAUUUUAGGCAAUGUUUUUAGUUUACAAUCUAACAAAUAUCAAGUGAUUCAAACGCGAAAUGCAUAGUGUUUGCGAAAAGUGAGAGCAAUAUAAAGAAUUUGGAUGGCGAUUAAAUCGUCUACUUUGGACUGCUUUUGAUAAAAAGCAGGCACAAGAUCUAGAGGAACGAACAUGUCGGAAAUGAAACGUGUGACACUAACAACGAUUGGUGAUGCGGUGAAGAAGAGUCCUUUUGGCGGCAGCGGGUUCGACCAAAACACAGAAAAUUUCUUUUCCGGUGCCUUCGCAGGAGAGUCCAGUGCCGGUCCUAAUGCGAAAACCGGUGCCGGAAGCAAGCCGCGGAAAACAAUCCGCCUUGAGCUGGAACUGUUCGAACCAACGACGAAGAGUUUUCCUGAAUUCAACUAUUCGAAGCUUGCACGUGAAGAGCAGAAGCGACAACGCAAGAUAGAGAAGAAAACAACCAACGGUUUUCUGACAGAACCAGACGAUAACGACGAUGUGGCCCGAAUCGCCAAGGAGUUGGAGAAAAAGUACGGAUCCGGUACGGCGUACAGCAGUUCCGGUAAGUUCGCCCGUCCAUCGCAGCUGGAUUACUGCGAUCGGGGAGCCGGUUACGACGAGGAGGAUUCUUUCAUCGAUAACACCGAAGCCUACGACGAGCUGAUCCCUCAGGAAGUCGAAACAGUCGGUGGUGGUUUCUACAUAAACUCGGGGCAGUUGGAAUUCAAAACACUGUCGAACUUUGAGCGACCUGAAGAUGCAAUACGGAUGCCGAAACCGAAAAAGCGAUUGCUGUCGUCAUCCAGCGAUAGUAGCGAACCGGCGGAGGUGGAGGUGGUCCCGAAAACAAAAGCGAAAAAGAAAGACGAGAUCGGAAGCGGAACGAGUGGAGCCGAGAGUGCCGGAAAGAGUGGUAAGGUGGGACGUAAACGGGUUAACGGUCAUGUUCUGAAAAAGGCGAAAGUAAGUGGUCAAAAGCCGGGCCGUAAGUCGACGACCAGCAAGGAGGAAAAGAAAAAGGUGAAUUCAAAAGAAUCUGCAGUUGCCGGACAAGCGUCAGCGGCGAAUGAUUCGAAAGUCAUUAAGACGACGACGGUGAAAGAUAUGCUGCGUGCUAAAAGAGACAGCUUGCGAAAGAUGGAACAGGAUAAGAAAGGUAGAAGCAGUGGAUCGGUUUCAAGUUCCGAAGCAGAGGAAGUCGAUGGAGAUGAUGAUGAUGGUGGUGAUGAUACAGAUGGAAGUGACGGAAGCGAUAGCGAUUCCAGUGGUAGUGGAUCGGACGAUUCCGAUAGUGACACUACAUCGGAGACGGACCAGGGCAUCAAACGGAUCAGCGAAGAAGAAACCAAGAAACGCAAUGAAAUCAAACUUCCGGAUAACCUUCCGGAUCAUCUGGUGCAAGAUUUAACCAGCUUGAAGGAUAUUUCCAAAAACACAAACGGCAAGCUGAAUUUCUUCGAUGCAACGGUUGCUGAUCUGCUACUGCAAAUUGAUGUUAGCUCUCGGAUGUGCGGAGGAAGUGCUCGCAAUGCUAUAUACAAACAUCUCGAAAGUCAUUUGCAGGUCAGCAGACAGACGUUGAUGGUGAAAAUUAAGAAGAUUCGUAUACGAAAAGAAGACAAUAAAGUCAAAAAGGCACUGGGAGUUCUGGAAGACGCCGUAACCGAAAUGAUGCCCAAACUAAUAACUAGCUACGAAACAGAAAAGCAAAAAGUACAUGAUCUGCGGCUUGCACUAUCGGCAUCCUCGGAAAAUGGAGAGAAACCCGAUAUUAAAACCCCGAGGAAAAAGUUUCCAUGGAAUGAUCAUCUACGGAGUUUGCUGUGCGAUGUAGUCACCGUAAGAAAAAAAUCCUUCCAAAUUCUUCGACCAAGAAAAGAAACUGAAGAUGAAUACGUUCAAAGCUACCUGAAAAAACAAGUGGUGCCACUUUGGCCCAGCGGUUGGGUGAAGUUCGAGGAUCUACUGAAAGAGCUGGAUCGACGAAAAAAGGCUGAAACAAAAGCGACCAACAAGGAAGUUAAAAAGAAUGUCCAUCAGUCCGCUUCGACGUUACCGGUUCCCACGGCAACAGUGAUUGUCAAUGGCCCCAGCACUAGCAAAGUGGAUUCAGUAUUAUCACUCACUGCCAAACAUAGCAAGUCCGACGAGAAAAAAAUUGUACGACCCCCACAAUCAUCGCCGGUGGCAAGUACCAGUAUGUCUCAACCGUCACCCAGUACUUCACCGGCUGGGCUGAAGAAAACUUCUGAUCAUAGCAUAAUAAACAUCAUUAGUUCUCCACCUAGCAAAAGUUCCUUGCAUUCCAGUCAUUUGUUGCCCCAUCAACAGCAACAGCAGCAGCAACAACCACCACGACCUCAAUCACAGCCACCGCGACCACCAUCUAAUUUCGAUGAAGACCUCAUACAGACUCAUGUCAUAAACUUAGAAAUGAGUCACAACGAAGUGAAAAACUCAUCACAUAUUUCCUCGGUACCGAUGGAUUUUCUUCCGAAGGAUCUCAGGGUGAACUCACCUGCUUUGUCGUCAGCUUCGUCAGCAUCUUCUUCCCGCAGACAAUCUUCCUAUCAGGAAACACCGCCAAUGGCACACUCAAAUCCAGCCAGCGCACCUGUCACCUCAAAUCGUAGAAGUCGAGACGACGAUAGCGACAGCAGUAUCGAAAUCAUUGGGGAAUACAACGUAGCUGACAAACAUUUUCCCUCGAUGGAGAAGAAAGUCGAUCCUCUAAACUUAGCACUUCCCGUAAUUAAUAAAGAAAAAUAUAAAAAAGGAGGCAACUCAAGCAAAAGCAACAGUCGACACAGUAGUGGUAGUGGAAGUUCGCCCGGAAUGGGUACAUCCGGUAUGAAUAUUAAUAACAACCUGGACAAAACAAAGUACGGUAAACCUUCCACGAUAACUUCCACUGCUGUAGGAGGAUUCGUUCUGCCAACCAUGGCUGGAUUAAUGCAGGAUUUGAAGUCUACCUCCAGUAAUGUACAAACUAAAAUGGGGCCCAUACCGGGGGAGCUGGAUGUCAUUCGGAUCAUGAAGGAAUUACAGGAACUACAGGCCAUUCAAAUGAACUCUAUCAGUAAAACGACUGGGAGCACCAGCAUUCCCAAACCGUCACAUUCGCUGUCCACUUCGACGAAAAAGCCUGAAUCGUCAAACCAUCUGAAUCAGUCAACACCACCGGUUACAGCGCAACACCAACAGCAAUCUCAUCACAGAACUUCCACAGUGAACAUCAACGGAUCCGGCGGUAAGAAAAAUACAAACGGUGGAACACAUGCAAAGGUGUUCAAUCCUGCAGCUGCAGCAGUUCUAAAGAAAGCGACAGGAAAGUAAUAAAAUUUAGAGAACGGAUGAGUUAAAACGCAUAAUAACAUACACAUCUAAGAUGUUUGUUACAUUGUUUGUGUGAGAAAAACAUAGUUCUAAAAGAGUCGAUAACUGUACACAGCUUUGUAAGUGAAUGAAGUAGAAAUAACUAAAAUAACCAAAUUAGGUAUUAGACGGUGUAAAACGAUGAUAGAUGUGUUUAAUAGUUAAAGAGUAAACGAGAAGAUAUUUGUCUCCGAAGCAGCAAAACUUUGGUUGGUUCAUUUGGUUCAAAGCGGCCUUUGUUUAUAUGUUAUAAUUAUGUUUUCUUUUAUUUAAUCGUUUCCUUUUAAUGCUUUUGUUUGUUCAUACAUUUCGAAGUUAUAUAGGUCGCUGAUUAUUUUCAAUUAAAUGAAACAAAAUUUUCAGCUAUCGAUUAAGUUAUAGAUAUU